ACGUUGGAAAACGCAAUCAACGAUUUUAUCAAAAUAUCCUUUUUUCUUUCAUUAAACUAGGAACUAAAUAAAGCGAAUUAUAGCGUGUAUUUGUGACAGAGAGGGGUGGAGAGAGAGAGAGGGAGAGGGAGAGAGAGGGAGAGAGAGAGAGAGAGAGAGAGAGAGGGAGAGAGAGAGAGAGAGGAAGAGCGAGCGAGUGUGAAUGUGCCAUCGGUGGAUGUAAUUAGUGUAGAAAUUAUACAGUGUUCCGUGAAGCAUUGAAUGUGUUGUCACGGGUUACUAUCUGAAAAGGUUGAGACUACCAUUGAAAGGAAAGUGGAAUGGCAUUACACCUGUUAUAGACGGGAAGUGUUUUUUUUUGUAGUUGACUGUAUAUAAUGUACUGGAGUGAUACUGGCUAGGGCCACACCCAAAGAAGUUGGCUUGGUGUACGGAGGUCUUGAUGUACGUAGCAGCUUGCUUCAAAGCAUUAUAGUUAACUGCUUGUACACACAUUAUAGAAGACAAGUUGAGAAAGAUGUGGCUUCUGGCUUUAUAAGUUUUGCUACAUGAGAAUUUGCAGCUUUAAGUAGAACCGAUACUUUCCAUCGAUGGCACAGGGGCUUGGGAGACAAGCUGAGAUUUCUACGACUACGAGAGUUGUUGCAAGACGGGACAUUCGGACACGUGACCGACAGAUCACCAAGAACAUGGCGUCUUCAGUAGAGAACGCAAUAUGAACAUUAUGAUCCAAGUUUGUUACAGGAAAACCCAAGGCCGGAGAAACUGGGCACCAAUACGCCACCCGCAUGGAGAAUUACCUAGACAGAUGGAUUGAACUUGCAGGCAUCGAGAAGACGUUCGAGGAGCUAAAGGAUCUCAUUCUUCGAGGGCAGUACAUCGAAGGCUGUCAUCGGGAACUUGUUAUAUUCCUUAAGGAACGUCAACCGACCGCUAUGAAACAGACAGCGAGACUGGUGGACCAAUACUUAGACGCAAGAGGAGGAUACUUCAAGACACCUGUCCCUCAGAGACACAACCCGACACAAACUGAAGACACGAAGAGAAGUGAGGGUAAGCCUCCCUCCCAACAUAAUACACCUCCUGGUAAUCCUUAUCCCAAGACUUGUUUCAACUGUCACCAAACAGGUCAUCUCGCUAGAAAUUGUCCAUCGCCUUCGGUUCCUAAGUCAAGGUCGUGUUACCUCUGCCAUAAAUCUGGUCACUAUGCAAACAAUUGCCCAUACAAUGCUCCCAAAACAGCAGGACUGAUGACAACAGAUGAUACAGAUGUUACAGUACCACACGGACAAGAUUGGUUCCCUCAUGAUUCUGAGGUGUCCGAGCUGCAGACAAUCCAGACCGAUCAUGGUCAUCUCACAUCCACCCAGUAUGUGCCGCGGAGACAAGAGCUCAACGAAGAGAUCGAGAGAAGCCAUAUCGCCCAUUAAGGACCCCCAAGCCCUUGGAGAACCUCGUCAACCCAGAGACAUUAAGGAGAGCACAACAGGAAGACGAAACUCUUGGCCGUGCAAGAGAACUAGCAGAAAGUCGAGAGGAGAAGAUAAGUCGCAACGAUGGCAAAUCUUCUUUCUAUUAUCAAGAUGACAUAUUGUACCGCAGAUUUCAAUCACCAAAGGUUGAGGCUAAUCACCUAUUUACUCAAAUUGUGGUAC